GGAAGAUGUGGCCCUAGACCUGGAUCUAGACACGGAGGUCGGCCAUGCGAUCCGGCACCACCAGCAGCUGCUCGAAACUGUUCAGUCUUCCUCCCAUGAGGAGGCCACGGCCCACGCCUUCUCCGAACUGCGAUUCUCGGAGAUGGCGGAGCUCAUCAGCGACUUCGAGUCUCCGGUGUGGAGGUCCGUAGCAGAGAACCUUGCGGCCAACAUGCUGCACGAGCAGCGGCUAAAGGCAGGCUUCCCGAACGGCCUCCACGAUGUGCAGCCGGGCUCGGCGCUGCAACUUGACGACGAGGCCAACCUCACUCAUGAGGAAUCGAUUGACAGAACAGUGCGCUACGGUCUGCUGACCGCCCAGAAGCGCAAGGAGUUGAAGCGGCAGCAUGUGACCAUCCAGCGGGCUGUAGCCAAGGUCUUGCACCUCAGCUACGUUGGAGGCCAUGGGAAUUCCUUUGCACAGGAGAAACACAGCCGAGGUGCAGGAAGAUCUUCACGUGCAAACGGCACGGAGUUUGAGAUCAACGACCCAGAGGAGUGCCUCACCCAGGUCGGGUCUGGCUUAGACCGCGAUGAGUUGAAGGCGGUCCUUGCGAAGAAGGAGACAACAGACAGCGUGGGUGUGGACGUGGUGGACAAAAUCGAAAAGACAUUGAAAGAAACGCUCACAGAAGGAGUCAGCAAUGCUGGGAAGGCCCUGUACACCUUCGUGACGAAGCGUCUAGUGUGGACUAUCGCCGUGAAGGCGUUCCCAAUUCCCUGGGCCUGGCCAACCAUCCUAUUCGGCUGCGGCCCGCUCUACCAGUGCACUAAGGAGCUCCUGGUGAUCGUGGAACCCCUGCGCCAGCUGAUUUGGAAAGCAGUCGCUGCCAUGGCGGCGCUGGUGAACUGGAUGAUUGACACCUUCAAGAACUACUUUGGAGGUGACACGAAGGCCGUGGCCACGCCGGAUCCAGAGCUGGAGCCCAACUUGCACCACCUCUUCAGCGAUGCUGAGAUCCUGGGGAUGGACUGCAUCAAGUGCUCUGCAAGAUUGUCGGGCGGGAUCACUGUGGAUGCUGUUCCCCCUUUGGCGCUGUCUGUCCUGACGAACUCGGCAACUAUAGAAGAGAUCAUCGGGAAGCAGGGGAACGUUGUGAAGCAGUGCUACGGCACAUGCCUCAAGAAGCAGAUGCAGGUGUUGAAUCGCAUUGUUACUGGAGGAGGAAAUGCUGACACAGACCAGUACUUCCGACGGGGCAACUGUAAUCAGCAUGCCGUCGGCAUGUGCCUUGUGCUGGAGAAGACCCGCGAGUGCAAGAUGGAGGUCAUGACAGAUGGCAAGCUGCGCACAGAGGCCACCUUCUCGGAGGGCGGCGAUGCCCAGCGCAACAUGUGCAAUGCCUUGAAGGGGGUCCACCUGCACCUGAUACGUGAUGAGGAGAAGGGCAUCAUUUGCCCAGAGAACAAACACCAUGGAAGCAAGAUGGACCUGGGCCACGCCUGCCACAAAGUCAUGGAUGAGCUCAUGCUUCACAACGACCUCUGUGAAGCCAAGCAUGAGAAUGAGGGCUGGGGCACCUGGGCCCUUUCCCUAGGCAAGUCAUACCAGUACAAGGAUGAGAAGCCGACCAAAUCGUGGGAUGAAGCAAAGCACAAAUGCUUGGAGCUCUUUGGCUGCACAGCCCUGCUGAAGAAGCCGGAGAAGCCGGAUGUGCAAGCAGGCCUGGAUGCCUUCAAGAAUGUUCUCAAGGAGAUCCUGGACAGUGCGCCGAGAGACUUCGAGAGGGACCAGAUCAUGAAGACUGUGGAUGAGUGGAGGUCAAAGUCCAUUUCGGGGGCGAACGCCUUCGAAAUUGUGGCGCAAGAAUGGGUUGCCCACGAGGCUGAAGAAGAGCGCAUGAAUUGGGUGCGCGAGGACGAGAACCUUCGCAAAAUCUUCGCGGCGGAUGUGUGGAGGGAUCACUGCUUCGCCUUCGGCAAGCCAAUGACAACCGAAUUCGAUAGCCUUUACAAGAAUUACGCGAAGCCAGACAUGGCUUUCUUCGAUGCCCUCACGAAGGAGAUCGGCCUUACAGAGUCUGGAUUGAACAGUAACCCUCACCUCAAAAAAAACAUGGAAGCCGAUAUUCUUGGUGGGAAAUUUGCUGUCAAGUGUUCCUAG